AUGAAUUUUUUACAAACGAUGGUCAUCUGGGCCCCUGCCGUGCUGGUCAUCUUCAGCGUCAUGAUGACCAGCCUCUGUACGAAAUACUACCAAUUCUUCCUCGCUCAAGGGAUCCUCGGCGGCCUUAGCAUGGGCAUGUCGCUCGCUCCUGCGCUCUCCUCCACAGCGCAGUAUUUUCAGAAAAAGCGCGCCGCAGCAAUGGGCAUCACCAUCGCCGGGUCAUCUCUCGGCGGCGUAAUCUUCCCCAUCGCCCUAGACCACAUGCUCUACUCCUCUUUAGGCUUUGCAUGGGCCGUCCGCAUCGUCGGCUUCGUCAUUCUCGGCGUCAUGUCCUUCGCAGUGUUGGGGAUCCGCGCGCGCCUCCCACCCAAGAGACAAAGAUUUCUCAAGGACGAGGCCUUCGAGAAACCAAAGUACGUCGCGACUCUGACCGCGGUCUUCUUCCUCAACGUCGCACCCAGCCUAGCCUUCUACCUCAUCGCAAUCCAAACGCAUCCUCCUUCUUCGGGUCGCUUAGUCCCUGGCGUCAUCGCAGACAAAAUCGGGCCGUACAACAUGCUCUCGACCGUAAGCAUUAUCACCGCCAUCAUGACCUUCUGCUGGAUCCGCAUGACCACCAACGCGAGCAUCAUCGUCUUUUCCGUGCUCUACGGCUUCUUCUCCGGCGGCAUCAUCGGCAUCACCCCCGCCGCAAUUGCCAACUGCGCCGGGCAUCCUCAGGAAAUCGGCACCUACAUUGGAACGGGGAUGGCUGUUAUGUCGGUUGCCACGCUUAUUGGCCCACCGAUUAACGGGCGCUGCUUAAUGACUACGGUGGCUUGGCUUCCUCCAGGUCCAGAACUCUAG